GAACAGCUCAAGUUGGAAGACGCAUACAGAACUCGCGAUAUUUAAACUCUUUGAGCUGAGAAAAAGACCAUCGGUAAAAGGGUGAAAAAAGUUUCAUCCCUCGCUUCCAUCGGAGAGGGGUGAGCAGCGCGAGGCGGGAGCUGAUUGGUAGGGCCGUGGCGUGGUAAGCUCGGGGACGGCGCCGUCAUAUACGGCUGUGAGGAUGGCGGCGUCGGCGGAGGUGUCGCGGAGGUGGUGGUGGCGGUGGGCGGCGGUCCUGUCGGUGGUGGUGGUGGCGGGCGUGAGCCGGGUCGUCGCCAACACGGAGGGUGAUGCUCUGUACAGCCUACGCCAAAGUCUGAAAGAUAACAACAAUGUGCUGCAGAGUUGGGAUCCCACCCUGGUUAAUCCAUGCACAUGGUUCCAUGUUACUUGUAACACUGAUAACAGUGUCAUCAGAGUUGAUCUUGGAAAUGCACAACUAUCAGGUGCACUGGUACCACAGCUUGGACAGUUGAAAAAUCUGCAAUAUCUGGAAAUUUACAGUAACAACAUAAGCGGGCCAAUACCGUUGGAGCUGGGGAACUUAACUAACUUGGUCAGUUUGGAUCUGUACCUGAACAACUUCACUGACGCUAUUCCUGACACCUUGGGGCAACUAUUGAAGCUGCGGUUUCUCCGUCUUAAUAACAACAGUUUAUCAGGUCAAAUUCCGAAAUCCUUGACUGAUAUCACAACCCUCCAAGUCCUGGAUCUCUCAAAUAAUAAUCUCUCAGGAGAGGUGCCAUCAACUGGCUCAUUUUCACAGUUCACUCCUAUAAGUUUUGCUAACAACCCAGAUCUUUGUGGCCCUGGUACUACAAAACCCUGUCCUGGGGCUCCUCCUUUUUCUCCACCCCCUCCAUACAAUCCCCCAACACCAACUCCAUCACAAGGUGCGUCUAGCACUGGAGCAAUUGCUGGAGGUGCCGCUGCUGGCGCUGCAUUGUUGUUUGCUGUGCCUGCUAUUGGAUUUGCAUUGUGGCGGCGGCGUAAACCUGAAGAAUGUUUCUUUGAUGUCCCUGCUGAGGAGGAUCCAGAAGUUCACCUUGGACAACUUAAGAGGUUUUCACUGAAGGAGCUUCAAGUUGCUACUGAUAGUUUUAGCAAUAAGAACGUUCUAGGAAGAGGUGGUUUUGGAAAGGUGUACAAAGGGAGACUGACGGAUGGUUCAUUGGUAGCAGUGAAGAGAUUGAAGGAGGAACGCACACCUGGUGGAGAGCUCCAGUUCCAAACAGAAGUCGAACUGAUUAGUAUGGCUGUACACAGGAAUCUGCUUCGACUCCGUGGAUUCUGCAUGACACCUACAGAACGGUUGCUAGUCUACCCAUACAUGGCUAAUGGGAGUGUUGCAUCACGUCUGCGAGAACGCAAGCCAGAUGAUCCGUCUCUUGAAUGGGAAACAAGGGCUAGGAUUGCACUCGGAUCUGCCAGAGGUCUCUCUUACCUGCAUGACCACUGUGAUCCCAAGAUCAUUCAUCGCGAUGUGAAAGCCGCCAACAUCCUUUUGGAUGAAGACUUUGAAGCAGUCGUGGGUGACUUUGGCCUCGCCAAACUUAUGGAUUACAAGGACACCCACGUAACAACGGCUGUUCGUGGGACGAUCGGACACAUUGCUCCUGAGUACCUAUCAACUGGAAAGUCCUCUGAGAAGACCGAUGUUUUUGGCUAUGGAAUCAUGCUUCUGGAGCUCAUUACUGGACAGAGGGCGUUUGAUCUUGCUCGUCUCGCGAAUGAUGAUGACGUCAUGUUGCUUGACUGGGUGAAGGGACUACUGAAGGAGAAGAAGCUGGAGAUGCUGGUGGACCCGGACCUGCAGGGCAGCUACAUGGACCGCGAGGUGGAGUCGCUGAUCCAGGUGGCGCUGCUCUGCACGCAGGGCUCACCGAUGGACCGGCCCAAGAUGUCGGAGGUGGUGAGGAUGCUGGAGGGCGACGGCCUGGCCGAGAGGUGGGAAGAGUGGCAGAAGGUGGAGGUGAUCCGGCAGGAGGCCGAGCUGGCCCCGCGCCACAACGAAUGGAUCGUCGAAUCGACCUACAACCUCAGGGCGGUAGAAUUGUCCGGCCCGAGGUAAUGGAAUGGUUCGAGUUCUGAUCGACUAGUUAAGCAUCUCGGUUCGUGAAAAUUCUUGUCUGUGUAUAUGACAGGUAGUUGGUCGUCCUGCUAGUUGCACAAUUGUAGGUGAAAUGGUUUACUCCGGAUUGGGAUUCCAGUUACUUUUGUUGA